ACCAAGAGCUACGACAACCCACCGAUCAUCAACACAAUGGACGCAGUCCUCGACCCGUUCGACGAGCUGGCCGAUUUGGACGCCCACAUCGUCCUCGCAGCCACAGCGCAGUACGUUACCGCCCCGCCCGAGACGCUGUCCUCGGUUGGGGGCGAUGAGGCGGCACAGGCCGUCGACACAGUGACAUGGGGCCCAGGGCAGCCGCAGCGUGCUGCGCGAGCCGACCCUGAUGCCGCUCCGCCCGAGACGCUGUCCUCGGUAGGGAGCGAUGAGACGGCCCAAGCUGUCGACAGGCACAUGGUACAGGUCCCAGGGGAGCCGUUGCCAACGGCACACCCUGAUGCCGCCCCGCCCAAGACGCAGUCCUUGGUAGGGGGCGAUGAGAUGGCGAAAGAUAUCGAUUUGACCGCUACGAGAGGCAACACGGGUGGCGAGAUUAUCCUCUCCAGGUACCACGUCCAGGCCACAACCUUCAACCACCUCCGCGACCUCGCCAUCUCCCAGCGCAGGCCCGACCCGUUCCGCGGCUUCACGCCCAUGGUAUGGCACAGGCGCUCGGGCAACCUGGUUGUUAUUGCAGCGUAUCUGGAACACCGCAGGCAGAUCGAGGGUGCAGUGCACGAUAAGCUACUCUCGCUGGGAGCCUUCGUUACUAUGCUCACUGACCCGUGGAUCAUCCUGCCCGGUUGGAACAUGACACCUGAGCAGCUCGCAGCAACAGAGUGGCCCGCCAAAUGGAAUGCUACCGUCGUGCGUGCGCCUGGAUCCGCCACAUGCGACAAGGGCCAGGGACUCACGCUCGACUUCGCAUUGGUCAAGACUGGCAUCGAGCACACGUUCUCCAUUCGCCAGUGCCCCACCGUCCCCUGGGCCACCCACGCGGGCCUUGAAGUUCGAGCAGACGAGCCAGCAGCACAGGAGCCUAUCCCGUGCGCUAUCCCGAGCGACCUCUGGGAGGAACAAUGGCAGCAAGCUGUGCCCACACGGUGUAAGCAGCCUCACGCGCACUUCGUGUACACUCACUGGGUGCACGACGCCGACGACCUCAACCUCAAGUACGCCAAAUGGGUCACGGCGCUCGAGAACACCAUGAUCAGCCACCACCACAUCGACCCCAAGGAAGCCGCAGCAUUCACAGGCCGAGCCCAAGGCUACCAAUUGUCGUGGAAAAAGACGGCCGCCGCCCCAGGCCGCGUACACGUGCAUGACCCUCAGUCGGAAUGGUGGGCAAUCACGCUCACCCUCAUCAAGCGCUACGCUGCGCUCCACGACAAGCCCAAGCACGCAGCGCUCAUGCAGCAGCAGGCCUCCAUCAUCCAGCAGCGCGCGGACCACUUCAACACUCACUUUCACGACCUCCAGUUCGAGCAUGACGAGGACACCAUUUUCCGCUGGUUCGCACUCGUCUGGGCCCCGCACUUGGACAACGAGGACACCGACGACUUGGCCACUAUUACCGCUACUUGGGCCUCCAGAGCGCUCUCCGCCGCCCUCGCUAAGUCCAAGAGGGCUUACGGUGCUUGGCUCGCCAAGCAAUGGAAACACCGCCCUGGAGUACUACACGCCCAUGUCAAGCCUGCGCCAGUACGUCACAUCGAGGCCUACACGACCAACCAGACCAUCGCCGACCCCACCGUUAUCAUGGACAGCAAGAAGCAACAAUGGCAACAAGUAUGGCAGGCCACCGAGACCCCCGACGACAUCCUACAGGCGCUGUCAAAG